UAACAGACUACAAAGGAGAAAAAUGAAGACUGCAGUGCAACUGAUUGUAUACACGCUGAUUGCUUUUGACAGUGCAUUCCCAGGAUCUUCUGCCCAACAAACAUCGUCUAACACAGCAGUUCUUUCUCUAAAAUGGUACACCACAACAAGUUACCCAACUAUAUCUGAUGGAACGCUUGGGACUUGCCGAGGCAGAUGCAGUGGUUUUACUGGACGUUGCUUUUGCGAUACCAGUUGUGUUAGAAAUAAUGACUGCUGUACAGACUUCUGUGACUACUGCCCCUAUGUGAAUACCGGUUACUGUCAGCCUUCAAGCACCCCACCCCCAAGCCCGCCAGAAUCAUGCUAUGGCAGGUGCCAUGGUUAUGCUGGAAACUGCUCAUGCAGUUCCAGUUGUGCUUACUAUGGCAACUGCUGUGAUGACUUCUGUAACUACUGCUCCUAUGUGAAUUACGGUUAUUGCUACUCGACCCCCUUUCCAACAACACCACCAGCUACAGGUUCCUGUGGAGGCCACCUGGAAGGACCCUAUGGAUCAUUCUCAAGCCCCAACUACCCCCAUAAUUAUCCAAAUAGUGCCUACUGCACAUGGCACAUAAAUGUUGAAAGAAAUGAUAAAAUAUACUUGACAUUCCUUCAAAUACAAAUGGAAGCAUGCAGUAAUUGUAACUGCGAUUCAAUUUCAAUAUAUGAUGGACCUUCAACCAACUACCGUCGCAUUGGAUUUAUUUGUCGUGAUAAUGUAACUGCAUUUGAAUCAUCUUCAAACACUAUGACAGUGGUGUUCAGAACAGAUGGGUCUGUCACAGCUACUGGGUUUUAUGCCCACUACAACACUGUACAUGAAAACCGAGCAAACAUCCAGUGCAGUUCCGACUACAUGGAAGUGACUUUGCAGAGGUCUUACAUCGAGUCCCUGGGCUACAAUGCCAGUGAAUUAUACCUGAAUGAUCCAAACUGCAGACCGCAAACCACGGGCUCUCAGGUUCUGUUCAGCAUACCGCUGAAUCGCUGUGGAACCCACCGGGAGGUAAAUAACGGAAGCAUUGCCUAUUACAAUAACAUCAGAGCUUAUAGUUCUGGAGGAGUUAUCACCCAGCAAACCAACCUGCAGCUUCGCGUGGGCUGCAAAAUGGAACAGAACACAAUGGUGCAGAUCAUGUACGUGGCAAAGGAAGAUGUGACUGCCAAUGUAACCAGCUGGGGCCAAUACAGAGUCAGCAUGGCGUUCUAUACGUCAGAUUCGUUCUGGAGACCUGUUCACGAAUGGCCAUAUUAUGUGGAUUUGAACCAAGACCUUUUCGUGCAAGUGCAACUCAACAGCUCGGAUUCGGACCUGGUUGUGUUUGUGGACACCUGCGUGGCCUCUCCCUCUUCACAUGACUUUGUGUCAAAGACCUACGACUUAAUCAGAAACGGGUGUGUGAGAGAUGGCACAUACUCUUCCUAUUACUCUAAUGCUACCAACACUGCCCGCUUCAAAUUCAGUGCCUUCAAGUUUCUGCGUAGCCACCCUUCAGUGUACCUGCAGUGUAAAAUUGCAGUGUGCCGGGCCUACGAUUAUUCAGCUCGCUGCUACAGAGGCUGCUUACCCAGAAGCAAGAGGGAUCUGAGGUCACCCGAAAGGAAGACUGAAGUUGUGGUGGGACCCAUCCAGCUGAGGCAGGAGGGGGCUCCUGGAGACCAGAUGAAAGCUGAUGAAAAGGCUCCUGCAAAAGUUCCCACAUAAAGAUCCAAGCAGUUAUUUCUCUGAAUCUACAGCAGCAGCUUUUACAGUUACCUGCACUAUAUUAUCAAAACUAUUAAUUCCUUAACUUUCUCUGUAACCAUCAGGAUUUACAUGUAUUUUAGAUAUAAUAACAUCAAUAAAACGAACACACAUUUCACUCCAGCAGACAAGCAUUGGAUGACAUGCUAUCUGUAAUUCUCAUUUAUAAAUGGCACUGCAGGCACCAACAUUAUCCUUAGCAACUUUAAGGGCCAACAAUUUUACUGGUGAAACCAUUCAUUAAACAGUGUUUAAACCUAAUCAAAAUGUACCCCAAUGCUGAAAUCCUGUUUCUCUCUUUUGUAAUAAUGAUUUUUUAGACAAUAUUAUAUAGUUUCUUAAAGCUGUAACAGUAGUAAUGCAAUAAAAUGGCUUUUAAAAGCAUGUUUCUUUUAGUUUCAAAUUACUUCACCACAGCAUUCCUUAUUUGCUGAAAUGGGUAUCAGGUAGU